AACAUUAAAUAAACUCUCAAAAUUUGUAAAUUAAAAGUCGUAUUGGAAAUAUUGAGUCAUUUUUUUAAACAAUAUUUUUUUGCUUUUGCAAAUCGAUACAAUUUCAGGAAUGUUACAUUUUACACAUCCUACAUUUAGAUGUAAAAUUUAAAAUCUGUUGCAUAAUUUGCAUUUUUGCACCGCUGAAAGGAAUGUCAAUUCAUAAUAUAGUCGAUAAAAUAGCUAAACAAUAAAGAUUAAUACGAAGAUAGAUCUCACUCACUAAAAACAGUUUUAGACAAAACAACUUUGAAAUGCUUGUUAAUGUAUGAAGAUGGAUAUUUUCUUUUUUUACUUCGUCUUGUUGAUCACUCGUUAUACAGCAGAGGUAGACUGGAAAUUUAAUCAGUAGACAGCCAGGGAAAAUAUUUUUUUCCCCUUUUUUCUUGAUAUUGAUAGACAACUGAACACUUUUAAAUUCACAAUUCCAUGAACCAAUGUUCAAUCAAGAAUGGAUCAUUUUGCACGAGUUUGACUGCGCCAUUCAUUAUAUGUGAUAAAACUGCUCCAUUAUUGAAAUAAGAUCACUUAGAGUUGCAAUGGAUUGGCGUCUGAGAGAACUGCAUCAUAACUUGAAGACUUUGCUGUGUAGUUAGCGAGAUGACACUCCAAGAACUCACACAACAGUAAAUUCCAUGCAUAAUUUCAUUUUUCAAUAUUGCACAUAAUGAUUGUGGGUGCGCUAUGCACCUAUCAAUUCUGUAUAGCUUGCAUUUUCUUUCAAAAAUGGACUAAAUUUAGAAAAGUAACUCUUCUAGGAUAGCGGCACUACGCAAGACAAAAGACAGAAGAGAAAGAGUUGUGAUGCAACUGACCUUUUUAUACCAAAUUCAACUUCAGAUCACCUGACACUUUAAUGUACAGGAUUUUGGGUUCAGAUUUCAUCGAUAAGUGCACAUCAGAACUGCAGGGAGACAAAUUUAUUUCUGUUUUUUUUUAGAAUUAAACGGAAGUUAAAUUGCUAUUAUUAAUUUAUUAUUUGAAAGCUAGAUUUUAUAUUUUACGUAUGUAUAACAAACCGGAAUUUUCAAUUAUCCCGAGCUUUUAUUGUACCACGUUCUCAUUUAGAUUACAGUAGUUCUUAAACAUUUCCUUAACUUCGCCAAAUUUUACUUUAUUUCUACUUUUUAAAAGUACUGGUUUCUUAAAGUAUGGAAUAUCUCCAUACCUUCAUCACCUAGAAGAUUAAGCAAAAUGGCUGUCUUUAUAAUAUUCAUCUUUGUUUCUUUAUCAAUCAGGUAGGUUUUAAACUUCUGUGUCCAUUUGUUGCAUGUGUCAGCUAAGUUCCUGCAGUAACUUGGCAUAGUUUAGCCAAGCUGAUUUCAUGUGCAUGCUGAAGUGCUUCCAUUUUCAGUUGCAGUCAGACUACUUUGUUUUUAUAGUCUAUCCGGUUGUAAUAAAAGCUUUCCGCCAAAAUCUAAUUCUUAAUAAAGUUAGAAAAAAACAUGAAAGCGGUACCUUUAGUGCGGGUAGUAAUCACCGCCCAAAUCUAUGAUUUUCUGUCAACAUUUUGGUAGUUUUUCAAAGCAUUCAGCCCUGAAACUUAGUGGCCGCGAGUCCAGAAACAGAUCAAUCUCAUUUCAGGCAUCAUGUGCAGAAUGGAAGAUAGAACCAGAAAGAUGUAGCUUCAGGUGUGAAAAAAGGUAGAAAUCCGAAGGGGCAGUGUCGGAGCUAUAUGGUAGGUGUGACAAAAAUCCCAUUCGCGUCCACACCAGAGUCCAGCCGGUGAAUGCAAACACAUGUGGUUUUGCAUUAUCUUCAUAGAACAUUACCUUUUUGUGCCAGAACUCAGUUCGACAUUUUUCCUUGAUAGCAGCAUCAACAAUGAACUAGCACCUCGCUGUACACCUUACUGUCAAGGGUUUUACCUUUUUCCAAAUACUCUUUGUGGAUAAUACCAUGGCAAUCCCACAAGAUACAAAGCAUGAUCUUUUUGUUAGUCAAACUGCACUUUGCCACGCUGUCAGCAUGUUCACCGGGUGCAGACAACCCACUUUUCGCCAGUGUUUGAAAGUAAAUUCACUUUUCAUCACAAGUGAUGAUCCGAUCCAGAAUUUUGUCCUUGCUUUGAUGUUCGAGUAGAUUAGUGCAGGCUAAAACACGUCUGUCCUUAUUUGUUUAUGCAUCACCCAGCAAUUGAACUUGUACAUCAAUUUUAUGAGAUGCAUAGUGCGACUAAUUGACAUGGCAGUAAUAUUUAACUCCUUAGUAAUAUCUCAAUUGGUUGCAUACUGAUCUUCUUCCACAAGUUCUCACAGGCUGGCGUCAUCAACAUCAGUAGGCCGGCCAGAUCACUGUGCUUCUGGAAUGCCAUAGUCCUUGUUUUUGAAUUUUCGGCAUCAAACUUUUAGUGUCAUAUGAUAGAACAUUAGUACCUAAAGCUGUACGUGUGGUUUGGUGACAUUCUGUAGUUGAUGUUUUGCAACAAAACUGGAAUUAAAUGAUGGUUCGAAUCUGGUAUUAUGAUAUUUCCAUUUCGGACACUUUGUACUUAAUAAUAACAAUAUUUGUUUUACAAAUUUCACAACACAGUCACUAAAGCAAGUCUUUUUCUUUUAAAUGACGAAAAUUGUUUGACAAAAUAUGAUUAAAUAUGCCAAUACGAACUAUUUGUGCAGAUGAUAUUUGCGGCGCAGAAAACUUUCAUUAAAAACCAUUAUUUCACAUUCCGUGAGUGAUGCAUAAAAUUUCCAACAACAACCCAACUGCAUCUUCAAUUACAGAGUAUUAAGGUAAAAACUAUUGAUACCAUGUUGUGUGUGUGCUUGCUUGUUACACAGACAGCACUUAAUUUCCAUAUUAAAUGUGUUUCAUGGAAUGGUUGGCUACAUAAUGGAUCUUAAUGGUUUCUCCUCUGAAUUCAAAGUAACCCAUCUACUUGUUGUUUAUCGCAAUAUUAAAAGAUUCAGCAUUUUAUUUACAUUAAACAUCCAAAAUAGUGAUGAUAGAAAUCCAUAAUUAUUCUUGACAGUUUUGGUGAGUAAAUAUUUCCUUUUGGUUUAAACUUUUUUUUUUCUAGUAUAUGAUUUAAAUUUUUAAAGUACAUUAUAUGAAGUAAUGAAAUCUGAUUUUUUCUGGUAGUCCUUACCAUCUGCCAUGUCCAUAUGCUUGAUUCAUAGAUAGAUACAUUUUAUGUUUUUAAUAAUUUCUAACAUCUUUUGCAUGAUUUUAAAGAAAAUGAAGCCAUUUGUUUCUUAAAAUACUUUUUUUUUAACUUGUGGUAUCGAAUAAAAUUUUUUAAAUCUUUAGAUUUUUUGUUUUUAUUAGACAUGUUUGAUCCAUAACAAGUUUGAACAUAAAAUUAUGUUUAAAAGUAGCUUGUGAGAAAGUGAUGAUUUAUUAUUUAUUUACUGAUGUGAACAAAUAUUUUGAUUGUCAAAACUGUUUGUUCAGAAGUGAUAUACAUAAUGAAUUUAAUAUAUUUGCAUAUAUUACUUGUUAUUCUUCAUUGUUUACUAUGUCUAUAAUAUUCAAAAAUUGUGUUGUAUUACAGAAUAUUUUGUGUGAAGUUAUCCAACAGAGAGAUAUAGCUUUUUCAAAGUUCCAGAAUUCUUCAAGCUUUGACCCCUUCAGUUUCAGAUCAAAUUUUCAAAAAUUCCACUCUGCUGAAAAGUACUCAAAUGUAGAAUGUGAAUCAUACCAAAAGCAAAGAAAUUUAAAUUUUAUAAGAAAGUCUAUUGAGCAAACUUGCACAGUUGACAGUAAAUCCUCAAAAGUAUCUUCAGAUUCUGCUAGUGACAUUAGACUCCUAAAAAAAGAAAUAGUUGUUUUAAGCAAAGCACUAGAAAUGGAAGUAGAAAAGCGGGAAAGAAUGGAAGAGAAAUGCAAGAGUUCCUGUGUUUGUGCACUUUUGACGAUGUAAAUACUGAAAUGUGUGUACAGUAAAAACUCGCACUAAAAAAAUAUCCUGAAAGCUCUUGAAAUUUUGGAUAGUCAAGCAUAUAAAAAAUGAAAUAUUGUGGAAAAGUAUGUGAAUGGAAGAAUAAACUACUAGUCUAAAAGUGAGACUUUAAAUAUGAACAAUAGUAAUCUGAAAAUUUGAAGUGGUAAUUUUAUAUCCAACAAUCUCUGCCAGAUAUCUUCCAUGUUUUAAGUAAUUAAAAUAUAUAUUUUUAA